GCCGUCCGACCUCGCUCUAGUGCUCUCGCUCGCCUGGUCCCUGCCGACGGGCGGCAGAUCUGGUCUGAAUAGCGACCUUAGCCUAUCAUGGUCCGUGGCUCAUUCUGAUUCCCCGAGGCGGCUCCUCCGGCUGGUAUGGCAUGUGCUGUUGGCUUACGUGGUCAGCCUAUGAUUCGGCCCCGGCACUACCAUAUCCUUGUGUGCUCCAAAAAGCUCCGCCAAUAAAGAUACACGCUUAUCGAUUUUACUGUAUGGGUUUAUGAACCGUUAUCUAAUGCUUUGGCCUGGGUGUUAGGUAUCUCCUCCCCGUAGGGCGGUGGUGUCCCCGUGCAAGGCCUUCCCUCCAGUUUGGGUAGCAGUGUCCGGGUGAUGGAUCAAAAGGAGCGAUGUCAAAACAGCAGCUUCCUUCCCAAGCGUAGGCAAGAGCUGCUCAAAUGGAACGGUUGGGGCUACAAGGACUCCAAGUUUAUGCUCAAGGACAGUGCCAUAAUGUUCUCAGGCGAAAGGUACCCGAUCGGCCACGGCGAGCGACUCCCCCUGUUCUUGCGCUGGGUGGAGACCGAGCUGGGACUGGACACGUCCGUGCAGUACCACCCGCAGCCGGAGCCGGCCGAGCAGGACUACCCGCCCCCCAACGUGCGCCAGGAGUUCCUGGCGGCGCUGACGGCGGCUGGCAUCAGCCACUCCGUCGCCGGUGACGACCGUCUCUGGCGCUCGCAUGGCCACACCAUGCACGAGAUUUUCGCGCUGCGCUCGGCCUCGCUGCCGCCGCUCGUGGACGUGGUCGUCUGGCCUGAGAGCCACGAGCACGUGGUGAGGCUGGUGCAGCUGAGCGGCGAGCACGACGUGGCGCUGAUCCCGUACGGCGGCGGCACCUCGGUCACCGGAGCGCUCCUCCGCCCGGCGGGCGAGCCGCGCACUGUAGCUUCCGUCGACACGUCACAGAUGGCGCGCGUGCUGUCAGUGUGCCCGACCAACUUGACGGCGCGGUGCGAGGCGGGCAUCAUCGGCCAGGACCUGGAGCGUGUGCUCCAGAGCCAGGGCUUCACGUGUGGCCACGAGCCUGACUCGUACGAGUUCUCCAGCCUGGGCGGCUGGGUGGCCACGCGCGCUUCGGGCAUGAAGAAGAACGUGUACGGCAACAUCGAGGACCUGCUGGUGCACGUGCGGCUGGUGACGCCACGCGGCGUGCUGGAGCGUGGCUGCCGCGCGCCGCGCCUCUCGGCCGGGCCCGACCUGCACCAGGUGGUGCUCGGCUCUGAGGGCACGCUGGGCAUCAUCACCGAGGUGACGCUGAAGAUCCGGCCGGUGCCGCCGUGUCGCCGCUACGGCGGCCUCAUGUUCCCGCAGUUCGUGUGCGGCGUGCGCUUCAUGCGCGACGUGGCCGCGCGCCGCCUGCAGCCGGCCAGCGUCCGGCUCAUGGACAACGAGCAGUUUAAGUUCGGCCAAGCCUUGAAGACGGCGUCGGGGUCGUUCGGCUGGAUCAAGAGUGCUCUCCAAAAGGCGUACAUCACUAAAUGGAAGGGCUUCGACCCUGAUACUCUGUGCAUAGCCACCCUCAUGUUCGAAGGCACCGAACAGGAGGUGGCCGAGCAGGAGCGCCGCGUGCUGGAGCUGGCCACCACCCACGGCGGCUUCUCGGUUGGCGAGGAGAACGGCAAGCGUGGCUACAUGCUCACGUUCGUCAUCGCCUACAUACGGGACCUGGCGUUCGACUUCCAGAUGCUGUCCGAGUCAUUCGAGACGUCCAUGCCGUGGGACCGGUGCCUGACCGUGUGCGACAGUGUCAAGAGGCGCGUGCGCCAGGAGUGCAGCGACCGCGGCGUGAGCUCCGUCUUCAUCACGUGCCGCGUGACGCAGACCUAUGACGCCGGCGCCGUGGUGUACUUCUACUUCGCCUUCUGCUACAAGGGCGUGGCUGACCCCGUCCGCAUGUACGAGGAUGUGGAGGCGGCGGCCCGGGACGAGAUCCUGCGGUGCGGCGGCUCCAUCUCUCAUCACCACGGCGUCGGCAAGAUCCGGCAGCGCUGGAUGGAGGAGACCGUCUCGGCGCCCGGCCUUGGCGUGUUGCGCGCCACCAAACAAUACCUGGACCCGCACAACGUGUUCGCCUGCGGCAACCUGUACGGCCAGCUGCCCGAGCCGGCCUCCAAGCUGUGAUCGGAGGCGGCGGGCUGCGGCGGUCCACCACCGGCCGGGGAUGGUGUGGUCCACCACCGGCGAGGGAUGGUGCGGUCCACCACCGGCGAGGGAUGGUGCACUCCACCACCGGCGAGGGAUGGUGCGGUCCACCACCGGCGAGGGAUGGUGCACUACACCACCGACGAGGGAUGGUGCACCCCACCACCGACUGGGGAUGGUGCGGUCCACCACCGGCGGGGGGUGGUGCGGUCCACCACCGACUGGGGAUGGUGCCGAUGCGGCCUCGGGCGGCCUGACCUAGCCGGCCAGCCCGAUCUGCCGCCGGCCAGCCAGCUGUAGCCUAAGCGGCUGCACGUCUCGGCCGCCGCCACCAGGCUCUCCGGCACCGCAUUGGCCGCCACCACUGCGCAGGGUCGGCCGCCGCCGGCCCCUGACCGUCCUCACAGCCGGCGCG